AUGGCCAUCGAGGACCCCCUUCUAUGCGACCUCACAUCGCUCGCCGAGAAGGAUGAGCAGACACGCCGCGAGUCGAAAGUGUCGGAGAACUCGCCGAUGCGGCUCCGCAUGGAGAAGUUCAUCAAGGAGCAGCAGCAGGAGAUUGUGCGGGCGCUCGAGGAGAUAGACGGCAAGAAGUUCCGCCAGGACGUCUGGCAGCGCAGCGAGGGCGGCGGCGGCAUCACCUGCGUGCUGCAGGAGGGCAACGUCUUUGAGAAGGCCGGCGUCGGCGUAUCCGUCGUCUACGGCAACCUGCCCAAGGGCGCCAUCGCCAAGAUGCGCGCCAACCACAAGAACCUGGCCCCCGGCGAGGAGCUGCCCCAGAGCCUCGAGUUCUUCGCCGCCGGCCUGAGCAUGGUCAUCCACCCAAAUAACCCCAUGGCGCCCACAGUGCACCUCAACUACCGCUACUUCGAGACUGCCAACCCUGACGGCACUUCGGGGGCGUGGUGGUUCGGUGGCGGCGCGGACUUGACGCCCAACUAUUUGUUUGAUGAGGAUGCCAUCCACUUCCACAAGACGCUGAAGGACGUCUGCGACAAGCACAACAAGGACUACUGGCCGCAGUUCAAGAAAUGGUGCGAUCAGUACUUCUACAACAAGCACCGCAACGAGAGCCGGGGUGUGGGCGGUAUCUUCUUCGAUGACCUGGAUGAGACCGUUGCCGACAAAGAAAACACCUUUGCCUUCAUCUCCGACGCCCUGCGCGCAUUCCUGCCCUCGUACGUGCCCAUCAUCAACAGGCGCAAGGACAUGCCCUUCAAUGAGAAGGAGCGCGAGUGGCAGCAGAUCCGCCGGGGCAAGUACGUCGAGUUCAACCUCGUCCAUGAUCGAGGAACGGCCUUCGGCCUGCAGACGCCCGGCGCGAGAGUCGAGAGUAUCCUCAUGAGCUUGCCCGUGACGGCGAGCUGGAAGUACAUGUAUGAGCCUGAGCCCAAGAGCCGGGAGCAGCGUCUUGUAGAUGUGCUGAGAAACCCCAAGGAGUGGAUGUCCUCGUCAGCACCCCUCCCCACGCCCCGCCAGCUGCUCACAUCCCUCCUGAACGCCAUCGGCGACGUCCCCGUCCCGCCACACGAUGCGGAAGGGACAAGGCCUCCAGCGCAGGGACACACCAGCCUGGACAAGCCCGCGUCCGCGUCCGCCCACCCGCUGCGGCUCAUACACCCCUCCCGCCGGCCGCUGUUCGCCACGCUGCACGUCCUCUUCCCCGCGCUGCUCCUGCCCGCCCUGGACCUCUUCGAUCGCCGCCUCGUCACGCGGCUCGUGCUGCCGCCGCGCAAGGGGGAGGACGCCGGCGCGGGGAAGCCGCCGGCGGGAGACGAGGGCGUCGGUCAAGAGCAGCAGGCACAGCGCCAGGCACAGCGCGAGAGCCUGCCGCGGUCCGUGUAUCUCGUGCGCUCCGCCCAGACGACCACCACCGCGCGCAGACCGUACGGCGGCGGCGGCGGCUUCGCCACCACGACGGAGACGCCCACAGGCCAGGCGUACAUUGUGCACGCCGAGGCGUGGAACUGCACGUGUGCUGCGUUUGCGUUUGCGGCGUUCCCUGCUGGAACGACGGCUCCGGCUGCUGCCGCUGUGCGCGAGACCGGGAGCAGUAAGGGGGCAGAUGGUGGCCGUGCCCGAGAGGACGCCGAAGGGGAGCCGAGGCCAGAGGAUCCAGAUGGAGAGGCAGGCUGGGAGUUUGGCGGCCUGAGCUCUGACGGCUUGGGCGGAGAUGGGAGCGAUGGCGUGCCCUGCUGUAAGCAUUUGCUCGCCUGUGUGCUUGCGGAACGCUGGGCGGGCGGCUUGGGGACGUAUGUGGUCGAGAGAGUGGUCACAAAGGAAGAAAUGGCGGGUAUCGUGGCAGAUAUAUGA